ACAAAAAUCGAAAAAAUCUAAGUAUAGAGGAGAAAUAUGGUGGCUGUUCAGUUGUUAGCAUGGAAGCCAUUGAUUCUACCUUCACAAGCUUUGAGUAGGGGUCGAUUCUCCCCUUCUUUUAACAGGAGCUUGAGUUUACACUCUCUGCCUUUAGGUGGGAUUAAGUCUUUUAGUUUCAGAGGGACCUUCAAAGUCAAAUCUCAAAGGACAGGGGAAACAGAGCCUUCUAAUAAAAACUUUGGUUUAUUGAAAGAUUUCAAUUCCAAAUUCUACAAGAGUCUUCCGUACAGACUUGUGAUAGGAUGCAUCCCACUGUAUGUGGUGUUGAGAUUAGCCCAAAAGAUAUUUCAAGAGCUUCCUAAUCUUAUUCAGAACUCAGUGAGGGCUGGCUUGCCUUUUGCUUGUGCAUCCAACUCUCUAGGCAAAAAUUCUUUACUCAACUCAAUUCCUUCUUCCAAUGAUAUCAAAUGGGGUAUUGCAAGGUCUUCUUACCUUUUCAAUACUCAGCUUGAGAAGAACAUUGGCACGUUAUCUGUGAUGCUCCUGAUAGUAUGCUUUUCGUUUGUUUUCAUUGGGGGAAUCCUAUUUUUCAAAUUCAGGAAAGACUCAUCCUUAGAAGACUGCCUCUGGGAGGCCUGGGCAUGCCUCGUUUCCACUGAUACUCAUUUGGAGCAAAAGACACGCUUUGAAAGACUCAUUGGAGUUGUCCUUGCCAUAUGGGGAAUAGUGUUUUACUCUCGCCUUUUAAGCACAAUGACAGAACAAUUUCGGUAUCAUAUGAAAAAAGUGAGGGAAGGGGCACAUGUACAAGUCCUAGAAUCUGAUCAUAUCAUCAUUUGUGGAAUAAACAGUCAUCUGCCUUUCAUACUAAAGCAACUCAACAGUUAUCAAGAGCAUGCUGUUCGCUUAGGUACAGCCACAGCUAGAAAGCAGACACUUCUGCUCAUGUCUGAUACUCCGAGGAAAGAGAUGGACAAGCUAGCUGAGGCUUACUCCAAAGAUUUUGAUCAUGUUGACAUCCUUACAAAGAGUUGUAGCCUUAACAUGACGAAUUCAUUUGAGAGGGCUGCCGUCUCUAUGGCCCGUGCCGUUAUCAUACUACCAACGAAAGGUGAUCGGUAUGAAGUUGAUACAGACGCAUUUCUUUCUGUAUUAGCUCUUCAACCUAUACAAAAGAUGGAAUCCAUCCCAACCAUUGUAGAGGUAUCAAGCUCUAAUACGUAUGAUCUUCUCAAGUCCAUAUCGGGGUUGAAAGUGGAGCCUGUUGAAAAUUCUACAUCCAAAUUGUUUGUCCAAUGCUCACGUCAAAAGGGCCUGAUAAAGAUUUACAGGCACCUACUAAAUUACUCAAAAAAUGUAUUUAAUCUUUGCAGCUUCCCUAAUCUAACUGGGAUCAAGUAUAGACAAUUAAGACAGGGGUUUCAGGAGGUUGUCGUCUGUGGCCUUUUACGAGAUGGGAAAGUAAAUUUCCAUCCAAGUGAUGACGAAGAGCUAAUGGAAACCGACAAACUAUUGUUUAUUGCACCUCUCAAGAAGGACUUUUUAUAUACAGACAUGAAAACUGAGGACAUAACAGUAGAUGAGACUAAUGAGACUAAGAAGCAAGUGUUUGAGGCAAAAACUUCACGGCUAAAGAAGAUCACAACGCGUCCUAGUAAGUCCUUAUCAAAGUUUAAGCAGGGAUCAGAUACCUUCGAAGGACCAAAAGAAUCUAUACUUUUGAUUGGUUGGCGUGGAGAUGUUGCACAUAUGAUCAAGGAGUUUGAUAAUUAUGUUGGUCCUGGCAGUACAUUGGAAAUAUUAUCAGAUGUACCGUUAGAGGACAGAAGAGGAUUGGACAAGAGUAUAGGUUCAGGAAAAAUCAAGAACAUCCAAGUUUCACAUAACGUUGGGAAUCCUUUGGAUGAUGAUACACUAAAGGAAACUAUAAUGCAGAUGCAGAGCAAAUAUGAAAAGAGUGAAGAAGAUAUUCGUCUGACUAUCGUUGUAAUAUCGGAUCGAGACUUGCUUCUUGGAGAUCCAUCUAGAGCAGACAAACAAUCUGCUUACACUCUUCUCCUCGCUGAAAGCAUCUGCACCAAGCUUGGAGUUAAGGUGCAUAAUCUAGCCUCUGAAAUCGUCGACACAAAACUCGGCAAGCAGAUAACAAAACUCAAGCCGUCCCUUACUUUCAUAGCAGCUGAGGAAGUUAUGAGCCUUGUAACAGCACAAGUCGCUGAAAACAGCGAACUUAACGAUGUAUGGAAGGACAUUUUGGACGCAGAGGGUGAUGAGAUAUACGUAAAGGACAUUGAGCUGUACAUGAAAGAGGGCGAGAACCCUUCAUUUACGGAGCUCUCAGAGCGAGCUUGGCUAAGGAGAGAAGUUGCCAUAGGCUACAUAAAAGGCGGUAAAAAGAUAAUCAAUCCGGUUCCAAAGACGGAACCUCUCUCCCUCGAAAUGGGAGACUCAUUGAUUGUUAUAUCAGAGCUUGAAGGAGACCAAAUUAUAACACUAUGAAACAUAAUGAUAUUCCACAUGUUAUAGUUUCUCACAAAUGCAAGCAUCAAAGAAGAUAUAAGAUAAAUACACGAUUUAAAAACUAAAAUACCAUUGAGUUGAUAAGAGAUUAUAGAAAACUAAAAAAUUGUUUGGUGUGAGAAAGUAAGAACCAUCUAAAUCAUUAUUUUCAAAUUCAGUUGUAUCAAUGUAACCUCAUAAAAUCCAGUUGAACAAAUGCAUCUUGUUUAUA